AUGUGGCUGUUUGGGCGAAGACGCAGAAAGGCCGCUAAGUUCAAAGACGGACCCACUGAGGUUACAGACAGGAAGCGGCCUGUCGCAGAGCAAACCAACACGAUUCAGACCAGCAAUGGACCGCGACGAGGGCCUAGCCAGCGCCAGCGCCGCAGAAGGGGUAGUUCACGCUCCACUACCGCCUCGAUGCGCGACGUUGAAAAGUCGCUUCCCGAGCCCGCCUUUGCGAAAGAGUGGCCCCCGUCGAGCGCCGAAGACAUCACCGCCCUGCCCAACCAGCACCGCCUUGCUCACAGCCCGCACCUGCGCCCAAUAACGCAGGAACACGCCGGCAUCCCCUACAACUUCCACUCCUCGCACUCCCACCAAAGCCUGCCGCCCUCUGCAAAGGACCGUGGCAAGCUCCAGCGACCCCAGUCCAUGCGCAGGGAUCCGCCUACUGACUCUUCCCUGGUCCGCCGCAAGUCGAGCAAGAGGCGAAAAGAACAUGAUCACGUCCGCGAGGAGGAGAUCCGCGCCAUGUCAUUCCCCAUGCCUCAGAAACGUCCCGCUGCCAACUCUGGAGGCAUGCUCCGCCGCGACAGCAAGAAGGUCAAGGGCGCCCUGAACCACCGUUUCGAGCGUCCCACGUCCAACGUAUCGCUGCCCCUCGAAAACUCCAUCCAUUCAUCCAUGUCGGGCAAUUCAGAGAACCGUGCCUUCCGCGUGAGUGCACUCGACAUGUUCUCACCACGGCCAACCAUCCGCGUCUCCGUCGGCUCCAACUACUACGGCAGUGACCGCAUGUCACCCAACACCUACAGCGAAAAGUCCACACGUCGACCCAUCAGCAGCAGUGCAGACGAGAAGGCGAGCAGGAGGACAAGCCGCAUCGACGACCUCGCCGACGAACUCGAUGCCGGUGCCUUACGCGAUAUCCUAGAACGAGACAAGAGACGGAGAGAAAAGAAGGCAAAGGCUGACCAGGAGCGGUUACGGAGAAGACUAGAACGUCGUACAGAGAAACAGAAUGCCAUUGAGGCAAGAGGAACGCCUGCCACCCCCCGCAAGGAGGGUACAGGCAUGGUUGGUCUUGGUAUCGAGCGAGAGGCGCCUGCUCCCAUGGAAAACGUCCGCCCAUUUACACCACCUCAGCCGCAGCGGCUGAACAUGCCUGUCACGCCUCGUACCAAUGACAAUACCCAGCUGCCGACACCGCUGGAAAGCCCUACUGAAGAGCCUGUAGUAUCUAAUGCUCGGGAAAUUCGUUACUCAAAAGGCAGUGCUUCCGCACACGUACAUACCCGCGGCCCAUCCAACGCCUCGAUUCUACCCGAGCUCAUCUCGGAGAAGCUCGCAAACGAUAUGCCUGUAGACUCUAUUGAGCAUGGACCCGAUCCCACUCGAAGCGGCUCGCUGCAUCCCAUUGACACCACCGAUACCUUUGUCACUUCAAAGCCGGGCUCUUCUACACGCCGGCGUAGCUCAGAGGGCAGACGUAUGGGUGUAUUUGCAUCACUAUUCCGACGAGGGAAGCGCAAUUCACAAGAACAAGCACGACCCACGCCAUCCGAAAUCUCCUUUUCCAACACUUCGCGCGAGUCCAUGUCUCGCCAACCUCUCCCAGCUCAUUUGGUUGGAACGGCACCUCCUACUCAACCUAUCCAAAUUCGGAGACCUUCCAGCGUACCCCGACGGACAAUGUCCAAAUUUAGAGAGGAUCUCCCAGAAUUUCCUCUAUCACCCCCAGAUUCACGCGUGCAGUCACCAGAAGUCCCCUCAACGAGCAUCAUUGCUGCCCGCCGAAGAAGCCAACAUCUUUCAGAACUCCAGGUUGGGUCGCUUCCCGGAGAUCGAUCUGAUUCUCCUGUCAGUCCAGGUGCACCCAUCAACGUCAUGUCACAAUCGCUCGCCUCAGUCGACUCCGAGGGAUCUUGGCUCUCUGGCCGACCACCAAAGCGAUCGUCAAACAGAUCGCAGAUGCGCUCCAGUCUGACGUCUUCUGCCGCGCUACGGAACGACGAUUUCAAUGCGUCCUACGAGGAGUUGGGCAUGGCCGACGAUGAAUACUUCAAGAGAUUGACCCCGCUGCCAGACCACAGAGGCCGAUCCCCUUAUGCAAGCGACGAUCGGGGACGCAAGGCUAGCAGCACGCUUAUGACGCUAGAUGCUGCGGCUGAGUCCGACGAGGAGGUUGCGCCUCCAUCCGAAGACCUGCCACCUGCUCAAGAAGGAGAAUUCGUCCAGAACAGUGUCGGUCGUCAGCCUACCAUUAUCCACCGUCGGCCCCGCGUCAAGUCUACUGAAGGCCUCCUCAGCAUGUUUCUAGACGACACGGAGGAUACAUCAUCCAAGGUUGCCGAUGUUGGGCAAGAGUCACCAGACUCAGGCUCACCAACUUCGCCAACGUCGGAGGAACCAGUGCUGGUACAGCGCGCUAAGAGCGUCGAUCUCGGUAAAGGCCAUGGUCACGUUCGUCACCUCAGCGCUGGUUCCGCAAGACUUCUAGAUAUCCAGAAGCGAUCGGGUACACCAGUACACGGCCGGUCGCCCAGGAUGUCUGAGCAGGAGUAA